AUGGCUCCGGGAAGUUGGAAACGCAGCGGAGGCGAGGAGGGAGACGUGGACUGGAUCGAAGAAUUACUGUCCCGUUUUAGUCCAAAUGGGAUCCCUCGUGUCCUCGAACCUUAUCCGUUGGGGGGACGACUGCUGUGGUUCUUCAUCAUGAUCUUAUUCAUGGUGCUGUGUCUCUGGCAGAGCGCUCUGGUGGUCCAGGACUUCCUUACGUACCCAAAGGUCGUCGGCAUUCAGGUGAUGCAAGAUUCGACGAUGGAGUUCCCGGCGGUGACGGUGUGCAGCUACAACGUGCUCAGCCGCUCGGCCGUCGAGAAGGAGAAGGGGAUCCUCAGCCCGAGGAUGGUCGCCCUGCUCGACAGCGAGAAGACCCUCCAGGGCGACGAUUUCCAGGCCGAACAUUUCGAUCCCUGCGAUGAGUACGACUCGAUGCAUCCGGCAGCAAGGUCAGACCCGAGCGCUCUCACACAAAGGGACGUGGAAGAUCUGUGCACCCAGCUGAGGAGGAACCCUGGAUCGAACGCGACCACGAUCGACGGGAUCGCGGUGCGGUCAUCCGCUCUGAACGCAACGUGCGACGGCGUUAACGCGGCGAAUGUCGAACGGACCUUGCAGGGAUUGGACGAGGAGUGGAAGAGCAAGAACUCCUUCCGAUUCAGAAAUGAGUUUCCUUUGAAAUUCGAGAGGUACGCGAAUCCCUGCUCGUUGGACUCGAACAUCAGCAUGAUGUAUUCGACAACCGAAACCCCAUACUUCAACACGAUGGAAGACGAGAUUCCAACUCUCACUCUGAAUAUGACGUUUGCAGCGUGGAAGGAAAGGUUUGUCGGCGAAAGCCUUAAUGACACCCUCGAGGGAAUUCGUCGUCGCUUCAUUUCCGCUUACAUCCAAGCAGCGAUGGUCAAACCUGGGAGGAUUCUGACCCGCUGGGCUGCAGUGGCCAUGCAGCAAACUGCCACGACGCCUAUCUCUGCCUGGAAAACGGGAUGGGCCUCGUGCAUCCUCAAGCGCUUCGGGGUUCUUGCAGAGCAGCACAGCGGCGUCCCUUGCCUUCUCCUGCGAUCCAGCGAAGUCCCCUCGCUGCGAUCGCAGCGAGAGCCUCCUGUGUCCACGUCUGCAUCCGGCUUCCGAGUUCCGUUCUCAUGCGAGCAGUGUCGCAUGGGAGCGGAACUGGGCGGCAAAUUCAAAAACCAGAUGAGCGACAGCGACAGUGACGUGGAAGCACUAGCAGAAUUGAGCGACAGUGAAUCGUGGGGGGAUUUGUCAUCUGACACGGACACUGAUGAAACAAGUGACGCCAGCGAGGAGUCUGUUCCGGAGCUCAGCGACGUGCGCACUUGGUGCUCAAUUGAUUGCGGUGUGGACCAUCCAGCACCCCCAAGGUUCCCAUUUACUGGUUCACCUGGCUUGAAGGUAAACGUGGAGCAAGACAACCCGCUGGCAUACCUGCGAUUGUUCCUGACAGAUGAGGUCAUCAACAAAAUUGUGACGGAGACUAACCACUACCAUGACCAGCAAUCCGCUACACAACAUGGCAAGUUUUCCAGAACCAGGAAGUGGGAACCGGUGACCAAAGAGGACAUUUGGCGAUUUCUUGGCCUUAUCAUUCUGCAGGGGGUGGUGGGGAAACCGCUGCAGAAAUGGUACUGGACCACCAAUAGAUUAUUGGCUACUCCAUUUUUUGGCACCGUAAUGUCGGAAUAUCGUUUUUCUCUUAUAAUGAAGUACAUCCACUUCAGCAACAAUGAGGAUUUCGAUGAGGCCACGCAUCCGGCGCCGAAACUCAAAAAGAUUUGGGAAAUUUGCCAGAUGAUCGUCAAAAAUUUUCAGGAGACCUACGUUCCAGAUAGAGACGUCAGUGUAGAUGAGAGUCUGAUGGCCUACAAAGGACGCCUGAGCUGGAUUCAAUACAUUGCAUCCAAAAGAGCGCGGUUUGGGAUCAAAUCGUACAUGCUCUGCGAGUCGGCCACCGGAUACAUCUGGAACGCUGCGAUCUAUACUGGCAAAGACCAGGACGACGUGCUGUUGACGUUGUCAACCCUGAGCGAUUGA